AUGGAGGGCCUGAAAUCAACAAUGAAGAACAUGGAAAAUAAAAUAGGGCAAAUCGCCCAAUCCAUGUCCACGAUGGCCAAGGGUGGAUUUCCGAGCAAUACCGAAGUCAAUCCAAAAGAAAGCUGUCAAGCCAUAACCACCCAAAGUGGUUUGCAAAUGACCAAUCCUCCUUAUCCGACAUACGAGUCACCAAGGCCAGUUGUACAACCGACCCCGGUCGAGCCGGAAAUCACCAUUUCAGGGAGUAGUACAAAAGAGGCUAGUAAGCCCAAUAACAUUUCUUUUCCUGAUAAUCCUCCUCUUAUGAUAACUCCUAUUCCAUAUCCAGAAAGACAGAAGAAAAAGAAGUUCAAGGAUCAAUUGAAGAAGUUCAUGGAAAAGAUCAAACAAAUUCGAAUCAACAUCCCUUUUGCAGAAGUCUUGGAGGUAAGGCCAAACUACACCAAAUUCAUGAAGGAAGUCCUAUCCAAGAAAAUUCGGAUCGAAGAAGACAUACCUGUGACACUCACGUCAUCUUGCAGUGCCAUUCUUCAGUCGAAUCUACCACCGAAAAUGAAAGAUCCAGGGAGUUACAUUAUUCCUUGUAUUAUUGGAAAUUCUACUUUCGAUAAAGCUUUAUGUGAUUUGGGGAGGCUCCAAAAUACGUGUGACCCAUUGGCUCUCAUGCUAAUUAUAUAUUACUUAUGGUUUGAAAUAUUUUUGUAUAUAGGUGCUGGAUUUAGUUCCAAAUCAAAUUACGGCUCCGGUUUAUUCCAUGUCAAGAUGAAGAUACCAAGGAAUAAAUCAGGAGGAAUCGUGCCAAACUUCUAUGUAAUAUAUAUAUUUAUUAUUUUAUCGAUCAUAAAAACGAUUCAGUUUCUUGUUGAUAAUAUCCCUAUAAGAGUGUUCAAAAAUAAUAUUCCAGGAGUGACUUAUCCCAAUCAACCGAUGCACGUAGAAGCAAGUAUAUGGAACGCACAGUUUGCUGGAAAAGUGGAUUGGAGUAAAGCCCCUUUCUAUACUUACUAUACGGAUUUUGGAUUUUACGCUUGCCCCGGGGACAAUAUGGCAGCAUGUGCUUCUGAUAAACUAUUUUGGAAUAAAUACAAGGAACUCAAUAACGCACAGAAAAACCAGAUGGCGCAUUACAGAAAAAGGUAUAUGGAUUAUGAUUAUUGUGCACAACCGGCUAAAAGGAAACCGGAGUGUGCUUACAAUAAUUUAAUGGGACUUCCGGUUGGUGGGGAUGCAAGCAAACCCCAUUUUGAAAUUGAUUUUGAGUUUAUGGGAUCAACUGGAAGAUUGCAAACCAAUGUUUAUAAUAACGAUACUGGAGGUAGAGAACAGAGAUUUCAGCUUUGGUUUGAUCCAUCGGCAGAUUAUCACACUUACGAAAUUCUUUGGAACCCUUCCAAUAUACAAAGAUACAUAAUCAUUGGAUUACAAUUGUAUAGGUUUCUUGUGGAUGAUAUUCCUAUAAGAGUGUUCAAGAACAACAUUCCGGGAGUGACGUAUCCCAAUGUACCUAUGCACGUCGAAGCAAGCAUAUGGAACGCACAGUUUGCUGGAAGUGUGGAUUGGAGUAAAUCCCCUUUCUUCACCUACUAUACGGAUUUCGGAUUCUACGGUUGCCCUAUACAGGGCGACGAUAUUGCAGUAUGUGCUUCUGAUAACUAUUUUUGGAACAAAUACAAGGAACUCAAUACUGCACAAAAAGAAAAGAUGGCGUUGUACCGAAAAAAAUAUAUGACUUAUGACUAUUGUGCGCAACCGGCUAAAACCAAGACGGAAUGCGCAUACAAUAAUGUUUGA